AUGGCGACUAAAAAGGAGCUGAAGGAUUUAACACAGCUCAUUGCUUCUUCAGAACAGAAUGUAAGGGGCGAUAUUAAAGCUCUUAAAACAGACUUGAGACAGAUGGCCAUAGAAAUUAAGAACAUAAAAAAGGUGGCUGAUAAGGCAGCCAAAAAAGCUCAAGUUAAUGAAGACAAAAUUAAAGAGCUAACGAGCAAAUUAGCGUUUGUAAGCGAUCGUCAAAGGAGAAGAAACAUUCGCUUAUCAGGCAUCCCUGAAGAGAUUACACAGAAAGACCUUGAAUCAAAACUACUGGAAUGGCUUGAGCGUUAUGAUUUAAGGAUACAAACGGAAGAUAUAGAAAGAAGUGGUACCUCAGAAGGCCCCGAUCAGUUGAAUGAAGCUGUCAUGGAGGAGCAUAGGAGGAGUGGUAGUCAGUCCUACAGAUAUAAGUUAAUAAGUAAUUCCAGGAAGUACAAAGGUUUUAAAACUGAUGUAUAUGCUGGCAUCAAGCAAAGCUCUCUCAAGGUAUUGUUCUCUAGCAACAUCAACAUGAAUAAAAAUGGCCCUCCUACACCAGAGCGGCCAUUGAGGUGCCCUGAUAACAGUGCAUUUAAACAACAGAGACUCCCUGCUUGGAAGCUCAGGCUCACCCCUGCAGUGGUCCUCACCACCUUCUUUGGAAUCAGCUUCUUCUGCCUUGCUGUGGGAAUUGCUCUUCUACUGGCUGCAACAAGCAUGAAAGAAAUGCAGAUUAACUAUUCAGAGAGAUGCUCUGAUUGUUCAAAACUACGUGAAAACUCUUCCAACUGGGAUAAAGAAUGCUUCUGCUUCACCAACUUCACGCUUCUGGAAAGUAUGCCAGGCAAUAUCUUUAUGUACUAUGGAUUGCAUAACUUUUAUCAGAACCACCGUCGAUAUAUUCACUCUAGAAGUGAUGCACAGUUAUUGGGACAAGAUGUUAAUAUUCAAAACAGCAAUUGUGAACCUUUCGCAACUUACAAAAAUGGGACACCAAUGGCUCCAUGUGGUGCCAUUGCAAAUAGCAUGUUCAACGAUACAAUCGGCCUUUUUUACUAUCCUAAUUCCACAACUGCGCUGCAAGUCCCAUUGCUGAGACGAGGGAACACAUGGUGGACUGAUAAAAAUGUGAAAUUCCGUAAUCCAACAUCACACAAUUUAUCUUCUGCAUUUGCUGGGACAGCAAGACCCCCAUACUGGCACAAACCAGCCUAUUUACUAGAUACGGAGGAUGAAGAAAACAAUGGUUAUACAAAUGAUGACUUUAUUAUCUGGAUGCGAGUAGCAGCCUUCCCUACAUUCAAAAACCUUUACUGUCAUCUCAGCCGCAUCAGUGAGUUUGCAGAUGGGCUCCCUGCGGGAAAUUAUGGCCUGCAUAUAUCUUACAAUUUCCCAGUCACCAGUUUUGAUGGGAGAAAGUAUAUUGUCCUCUCAACAGUGACAUGGAGUGGAGGAAGAAGCCUUUUUCUAGGAUUAGCUUACAUUGUUACUGGUGCAGUCACCCUAUUGGCAAGUUGUGCCAUUAUGGCAAUUUACUUGAAAUUCAGAAAAAAGACAACAAAAUCCCAAGAUCAGUGAAGAAAUAAAGGAGGGAAAAGGACACCUAAAGAGUGAGAGACCACAAAUAUGGGUUUAAAUAUCCAGCUUUAUUAACUUGACCAGAAGGCUGCUGCAAAGCAGGGCUACCUAUUAAAGAACUCUCACUAGUAAAAAGAGAUUGACUAGGCCUACAGUGCUUGCCUUACAAUUCCAUUAGUACAAAUGUGAGUGCAUAU